AUGUCAGCAAGCAAGGAGAAAGAUAUUGACCAUCUCCCAAAGAAUGCAGCCAACUAUACAGCUUUUACUCCACUUGGCUUCCUGGCGAGAGCUGCUUUAGUCCAUCCCAGCCGUACAUCUAUCAUCCACGGCUCUGAUCAUUACACGUGGCUCCAAACUUACCGGCGCUGCCGCAGAUUAGCAUCCGCUCUCAUUAAACGUUCCGUCACCUUCGGUAGCACUGUUGCUGUAAUUGCACCAAAUGUACCGGCAAUGUACGAAGCACAUUUUGGAGUUCCAAUGGCAGGAGCUGUUCUGAAUGCUGUCAAUAUUCGUCUAAAUGCAGAGACUGUUGCAUUUCUUCUGGGGCAUUCAGAAGCUGCUGUUGUAAUGGUUGACCAAGAAUUUUUCUCCCUGGCAGAGGAAGCUUUAAAAAUCUUGUCUGACAAGAGCAAAGGCAACUUCAGGCCUCCUCUUCUUAUUGUUAUUGCUGAUAAAACCUGCGAUUCGAAGUCACUCCAACAUGCUCUUUCAAAAGGAGCAGUGGAAUAUGAGAGAAUUCUGGAAACUGGUGACCCAAACUUUGCAUGGAAGCCACCACAAGAUGAGUGGCAUAGCAUUGCUCUUGGUUAUACUUCUGGCACGACAGCGAGUCCCAAGGGAGUCGUGCUCCACCAUCGAGGGGCAUAUCUGAUGGCUCUCAGUAAUGCUCUUGUAUGGGGAAUGAAAGAAGGGGCAGUUUAUCUAUGGACUCUUCCCAUGUUCCAUUGCAAUGGCUGGUGUUUCACUUGGGCACUGGCUGCUAUGUGUGGAACAAGUGUAUGCCUUAGACAGGUAACAGCAAAGGCAAUCUAUUCAGCCAUAGCCAAUCUUGGCGUCACACAUUUCUGUGCUGCUCCAGUGGUGCUCAAUACAAUUGUGAAUGCUCGAAAAGAAGAGACCAUCCUCCCUCUCCCUCGUAUUGUACAUGUAAUGACGGCCGGCGCUGCUCCACCCCCUUCUGUUCUUUCUGCAAUGUCUAAAAGAGGCUUUCGCGUUACGCACACUUAUGGCCUCUCAGAAACAUAUGGUCCUUCCACCAUAUGUGUGUGGAAACCUGAAUGGGAUUUGCUGCCACCUGAAAACCAAGCGCGAUUGAAUGCUCGACAAGGUUUGCAGUACAUUGCCUUGGAAGGCCUCGAUGUUGUCGACACAAAAAGCAUGACACCCGUUACUGCUGAUGGAACCACAAUGGGAGAAAUUGUUUUCAGAGGUAACGCUGUGAUGAAGGGAUAUUUGAAAAAUCCCAAAGCCAAUCAAGAGGCUUUUGCAAAUGGAUAUUUUCAUUCUGGUGAUCUUGCUGUGAAGCAUCCAGAUGGUUACAUAGAAAUUAAGGACAGAUCGAAGGACAUCAUUAUAUCUGGAGGUGAAAACAUCAGUAGUCUUGAAGUAGAGAAUAUGCUGUAUCAACAUCCUGCAAUAUUGGAAGUUUCAGUGGUGGCAAGACCGGACGAGCAAUGGGGUGAGUCACCUUGUGCAUUUGUCACGUUAAAGGGAGACUUGGAAAAAUCUGAUCAAAAGAGCUUCGCAGAAGAUAUAAUGAAAUUCAGUCGAUCAAAGAUGCCUGCAUAUUGGGUUCCAAAAUCUGUGGUAUUUGGACCAUUGCCAAAGACUGCAACUGGAAAAAUGCAGAACCAUUUGUUGAGGGCCAAGGCAACGGAGCUGGGAUCAGUGAAGAAGAGUCGCAUAUAA